UCACUGACUGGCUCUCGGGAUGGAGAACCGCUCUUGCAGAAUGAGGGCUCUGUGCAUGAACUUUGCCAUCACCUGCCUGUGGCUCCUUCCACCAGCGGUCCAGGAGACAUCCAAGGCUCUGGACCUUAAGACUGAACAAUGGAGAUGGGAAGAACCAGGAGGAGAAGACGCUGAAGGAGCAGCGCUGAAAGUUAAACAUGCCUCCAAAGAAUUACAAAUCAUAACCAGCAAGCACAAAACCCCGGCUCAAGGGUCACUCAACCCCUACGGCUGGCCUCAAAACCUCUCACAAGCACCUGAUCAAUAUCUCUAUCAACCACCUCCCAAGCCCAAAACUCCUGCUAAAACUUCUCCAAAGGCUAAGAAGAUCCUGGGCUGGGGCGACUUCUACUUCAACGUGAGAACAGUCAAGAUUAGCCUCCUGGUGACGGGAAAAAUCGUGGACCACAUCAACGGAACGUUUGGUGUCUACUUCCGCCACAACUCUUCCCGUCUGGGGAACAUUUCAGUGAGCAUCGUCCCACCUUCCAAACCAGUGGGAUGGGAGCGUCUGGAUCCUGCAGCUCAGAGAAGUAAGAUAAAGAACUCUCCAGUCCUGUUCCCGGAUCUGACGUCCAAAGUCUCCGUUCCCCCUCAGUCUACCAGCUCCACUCUUUCCGAACAGCAGAAAUAUCAGCGAGACGUGAUGAUGGUGACUGAACUAAACUGCCGCUUGGAGUACCAGAGAACCAACCGGUCCAAGAAGACCAAGCCCUGCAUGUAUGACCCGGGCCAGACCUGCUACUCAGAAAACACCCAGUCCCAGGCAGCCUGGAUCUGUGCCAAACCAUUUAAGGUCAUCUGCAUCUUCAUCGCCUUCACCGGCACGGACUACAGGCUGGUGCAGAAAGUUUGUCCGGAUCACAACUUUCCGACAGAGCAGAACCAGCAGCACCAUGGCUGACAGACUGGGGAAUUCUGAAGUUGAGACAAUUAUUAUUCAUACAUCUGUCAUACAUUAUUCAAAAACAGAUUUUCUAAGUAGAAAACACAGAAACACAAUUUCAACCUUUUACUAACUACAAUUUGAGCCCCAACUAUGUGAAAUGGAGUUGUAAGAUGCAGUAGGACAUCUCGUUUGUGUGAAGAAUGUGCCAUCAGUUGCAGCAUGAGACAUUGUUCAAAAUAUCAGCCACUCUCUGUACAGCGUUUAAUUAACUUUAUUUUUCACCAAAACACUAUAAAGUUAAGUUAGUUAAUUGUUCUUCAGAGAUUAAUAAAGUAUUUUGAAUUGAAUUGUUCCUUACUUAGCAAUAAUUUCUUAGCUUAUCACUAAAACAAAGUACGGUGCAUAUUUAGGAUAUAAUAAUCUGUUUUGAGUUUUUUCUAAUAACACUGACUUUUCAUGUUCAUUGUCCAUAAAAUCAUCUCCAGAGGAUGAUCACAGAGUGAGAUGAAAACCCUGAAAUUAAUUUUGUGAUGAUC